AUGAUGUCUUUUAAUUUAAUAUUAAUUUUAAUUAUUUUUUUAAUAUUAAUACAAAAUUAUGUUAUAGAUGGAAAUGAUAACUUUAAUUUAAUUAAAUGUCCAGAUGAAAUUCCAAAUUUAAAAAAAUGGUCAAAUUAUAAAAGUUGGAAAAAAUUGAAAUUACCAAUUAAAGGAGAAUCAAUUAAUAUUACAACACCGAUUUUAAUGGAUAUUAAACCACCAGAUUUAGAUGUUAUUAGGAUUUUUGAUAAAGGAAUGUUAGUAUGGAAGCAUAUAAAUAAUUUAGAAUUGAGAGUAAAAGCAAUACUUAUUUAUGAUGGUGGUCAACUAAUUAUUGGAAGUGAACAAUGUAAAUUCAAAUAUAAAGCAACAAUAACUCUAAUUGGUGAUUCAAUUUAUACUGAAAUAAAUCAAACAAUUAAUGGUAAUGAAUAUGGUCAAAAAGUAAUUGGUAUUGAUAAUGGUGGUACAAUUGAACUUCAUAGUGAAGUGACUAAAACAACUUGGACAAAAUUAAUCUCUACAAUUUCACCAUCAACUUUUAAUUCAAAUAAAAACAUUUUAACAUUAUUGGAUAAUGUCAAUGAUUGGCCAAUUGGAUCAGAGAUAUUAAUAACAAGUACAGAUUAUGAUAUGGAACAGAGUGAAACCAAUUUUAUUGUUAAAUGUUCAACAUGUAAAACAAAUCAAAUUAAAUUAAAAAAUCCAAUAAAAUAUCUUCAUUGGGGUUCAAUUACAAAAGGUGUUGAUGAAAGAGCUGAAGUUGCAUUGUUAACUAGAAAUAUUAAAAUUCAAGGACAAGUUGGUAAAACUUGUGUAAAUAAUAAAUUAGUUUGUGAUUUCUUUCCAUUUGAUUCAUUUGGUGCUCAUAUAAUGAUUCGAAAAGGUUUUGUAAAUGCACAUUUCUUUGGCAUUGAAUUAUUUAAUGUUGGACAAUCACAUGUAGUUUCUAGAUAUCCAAUUCAUUUUCAUCUUUGUGAUAGAGUAGAUGAAUUGGGUGGCUAUGAAAAUCCAGCAUAUAUUAAACAUUGUUCAGUACAUAAAUCUUUUUCAAGAUGUUAUGUCGUUCAUUCCACUGAUGGAUUAUUAAUUCAUGAUAAUAUUGGAUUCGAUUCAAUUGGUCAUUGCUAUAUGUUAUGUGAUGGUAUUGAAAUGGAUAAUGUAUUCUCUCAUAAUUUAGGUGCUGUCACUAGAUAUGGUUUAUUAUUUCCUCAUGACAGAUCAUGUGAUAUGUGUUCUAGAAUUCAACCAAAUGAUUUCAAUGGUAAUCCAACACAAUGCACAGAAUGUAAUGCAGUUUCAACCUUUUGGAUAUCAAAUCCUUGGAAUACCUUAAUUGAUAAUGUUGCAUCGGGUUCUGAUUCAACCGGUAUUUGGUAUUUAUUUUCGGAUUAUCCAAGUGGUUUAAGUCAUGAAAGAGGUAUAAAAUAUAAUAUUAAACCUUAUUUAAUACCUGUAAAGAAAUUUUAUAAUAAUAAUGUUCAUUCGUGCACAAAUGGUAUUCAAAUUGAUGGUGGUGUUAAAUUAACUCCGCCAAGUAAAACUCAACCUCAACAAUUAAAUUCAAUGAUAAAUGCAAGAUAUAAACCAAGAUCAAAUCCUAAAAAUCCAAAUUCAAAACCCUCACCUUCAAUAUUUAAUGGUGCAACAAUUUAUAAAAAUAAAUGGAGAGGUUGUUGGGCAAGGGGUGGAUUUUUAUUUAUGAAAAAUUUUAAAAUUGCUGACAAUGCAAUUGGUUUUACAUUUGCAAGUGAAGGUACAAUUCCUGGAGACCAAAAUGUUGGUCAAUAUAUUUAUAAAUCUUUAAUAGUUGGUGAGAGUGAUAAUAUUGGUCAGCAAUCAAAUAAUAUUCCAAUUGUUAAUGGUAGGACCAAUCCAUAUGGUGAGAAUGGGUUAAUGCCAAUAAGAGGAUUUGAAAUUUAUGAUGGUACAAUUUCACUAGAUUCAAUGGUAUUCUCAGAAUUUAAAAGUUUACCACCACUAUUUAGAAAUUCAAGUGCAAUUGGUUUCUUAAGAUUUAACGAUUGGCAAUCAUCAAGUGAAACAACUAUAAAAAAUAUAAAAUAUAUAAAUGUUGAUAAAGAAAUUCAUUUUGAACAAAGUUUAAUGGAUGGUGAUAAAAUUUCAACAUUAAGAGAUUUAGAUGGUAGUACUACAAAAUUAUCAAAUUCAAUUUUAGUUAGAAAUUUAUUAUUCUAUUCAACAAAUAAUUGCUAUUAUAAAAAACCAUGGGACGCAUUAAUUUGUAAAGAAGAUACAAGACAAAUUUAUAUAUGUAAUGAUGAUACAAACUCUACAAAUUAUCUAUCAUUAUCAUCAAGUGUUGUUGCAAUUAGAGAUAAUAUUGAAAAUCAAAAAAUUGAACAAAUUGGUUUACCAAAUCACUCACCAAGAAAUAGAUUUCAAUUUUUAGUUUUUAAAAAUCAUCAUUAUGAUUUUCAUUUCCCAAAUCAUCCAACACCACCAAUACUUAGGGUUCAACCAAUGAAUUGGAAACAAAGUGAGAAAUUUACAUUUGGUAUAUGUAUUGGUAUUUCAAAAGGAAUAAAUUUGAAGGUAUUGAAAACUGUUAAUGGUACCUAUGGUAAUAGUAAUUUUGUUGAAGAAUUAUAUCCAACAUUUUCAAUGAAUUUAAUUUCAGAAUCAACUUAUUAUUUCAAUGAAAUUACAUCAAUGCUCUAUAUAAUGUAUUAUCAAUACAAUUCAAAAGAUCAUUUAAAUUAUUGCCCAGAAUAUGGUUGUGAAGAGUUGGUUAUAAAAAUUAGUGGUAAAAAUAGUGGUAGAGUAACAGGUGAUUGUCAAUCAUUGGCAUAUGGAAGUAGUUUCACUCUAUUCGAUGAAGUGGUGAAUAGAAAAUUUGAAAAUUCAUUUCAAAUGGAUAAAUCAAUAAUCCAUAAUAGUGAAUAUGCAUAUCGUGGUAAUGCAUACCUUCCCUAUCAUCCAACCUCAAAAUCUCAAAUUCAAUUUAAAUGUAACCAUUGCAUACCGUCGGUUGGUAUAAAAUAUUUUGAAAUUUGGGUCAAUGGUAAUAGAAACUCAAAUCAAAGAAUUUCAAUCCAACUUUUUUAUUCUAUCAAUUCCAAUCAAUUAAAAUCUCAGCCCUUUGCAAUUGAUAAAAAUUAUUUUAAAAAAAACUCGUGGGUUUUGGUCAGGAUUUUAUUUGAAAAUUUAAAAAAUCUUUUACCUGAAAAUCAUAUCCAUCUCAUUUCAUCUUUUGAUGGAUUAUCAAUUAUUAACUCUUUAGAAUUAAAUCAACCAUCAUUAUUUUUGGAUAACAUAAAAUUUAUUUAUGACAAUUAA